UCGUUUCAAAGUGCGAGUGUCAUUGGCAUGAUUUUCUCACCUUUUUACCCAUCAAACUUCGGCAAAAACUUAUGCCUUUUCAACGUGAAGGCAUAAAAUAUGCUACAGAUAAAAGUGGGAGAUGUCUUCUGGCAGACGAGAUGGGACUUGGUAAGACAUUACAAGCCAUUUGUAUUGCCUAUUACUAUAAGUCGGAGUGGCCUCUGCUGAUUGUUGUGCCAUCAUCCAUGAAGUUUAUAUGGAUCGAAGAAAUAGAAAAAUGGCUGCCAGAGAUCAUGCCCCAUGACAUCAACUUACUGCUGAACACAAGCGAUCUCAGUGAUAUACCACAUGCAUUGAUCACGAUUGUCACAUAUGGGCUAGUGAGGAGCUCGCAUGCACAUGUCCUGAUUGAAGCCCUCUUCAAUCAAAAUUUCAAGGUUGUAGUCCUUGAUGAAUCACAUUAUAUCAAGAAUACGAAGACUGCAUCGUGUAGGGUGUUGAUGCCACUUAUCCAGCAGGCAGAGAGGAGGAUCUUGAUCACUGGAACACCAGCCUUGUCUCGGCCGGUUGAGCUGUACGGCCAGUUGGAUGCAAUUUUGCCUGGACAGUUUGGAUCCUUUAACACCUACACCAAGCGAUACUGUGAUGGACACCUUGAGUGGAUUGGUCGGAUCAGGAAGUGGAGGACUGAUGGGGCCAGUAAUCUUGAUGAGCUCCAGCAACGCCUGUCCAAUACUCUCAUGAUCAGGAGGCUCAAGAAGGAUGUUCUCACCCAACUGCCACCGAAACGAAGACAAAGAAUUCCAUUCGAGUUGAAGGAGUCCAAAUUCAAAAAGGAUCUUGACCGGGCCUGGGACGACCUUAGUCCAGUUCUGAAGAACCUGAAAAUGAAUGUUGUGGACGUCCUCAAAGUUGAUGGGGAUGGAGGUGCUCGACAGGGAAAUAACGUAUCCGAGAUGAAGGGGCUGAUAUUUGAACUCUACAGGAAAACAUGCAAAGCUAAGAUUGGUCCUGUUGUGGAGUAUGUUAAGUUCCUGCUUGAAGAUCCCUCGACCAAGUUUCUGGUAUUUGCACAUCAUCAUGAGAUGAUGGAUGCCAUUCAGAAAGAGUUGAUACUCAGUAAGAUUGAGUAUAUUAGGAUUGAUGGAAGCACUGCCCAGAGUGACAGAGCUCGCUUGGUGCACACUUUCCAAACUAAGAAGACCAUUAGAGUUGCCAUUCUUAGUAUACUAGCUGCUGGUGUGGGCUUGACCUUUACUGCUGCCAGCCUUGUUGUAUUUGCUGAGCUCCACUGGACACCCGGUACCCUAAUACAGUGCGAGGACCGUGCCCACAGGAUUGGGCAGACCAACCCAGUCAAUAUACACUACCUUGUGGCUAAAGGAUCAGUCGAUGAAUGGGUAUGGGGUGCCAUUAAGAAAAAGACAGUUGUCGUGAGCACAAUAUUGAAUGGUGUCUGCCAGAGUCUUGAAGAAGUUGUUAACCAGGAUGAGGACAAGAUUUUCCGUCUCACGAAUGCAGAAGUUUACAAACCCCCGGAUCCAGCAGAUGAGCUAGAAUUGACUCAGUUGUUUGACACCGAGGAGGAUGAUCUUCCCUCCACACAGACGCAAAUCACAGACUUCUUCUGCAGACAUGCCAAGAAUAAACAAGAUGGUAACACUUCUCAGACCCGGAUAGAUGGACUGAACUUACUCAUGCCACGAGCAGCGAAAGGGAACCGCAAUGAUGUUGUUGUCAUUGAUGAUGACAGUGAUGGAGAUGACUUCAAGGAUGUUGCCAAGAAGAUUACCUUUGUAUCGAAAAAAGAAUCGACAAAGAAAAGAGGCAAGACCAUCACCAAGAUCAAUCAGAUUCUUGAUUCUGAUAGCUCUGUUGUUUCCGACAAGACGGAGAAAACCAUGCCUCAGUCUAAGGUGCAGACCGUUACAACAAAGGAAACAGGGUUGAACGAGAGUGUGGAUGUACCGGUACUCAAUAUACCAUGUCCUGGAUUCCCAGAGGAGAGCAGGGUCACAGACGAGGAAUGUACUGGAAACCCUGAUUGGAUGGAUUACCCUGAAGGAGUGGAUUGUUAUGAUUAUGAUGACGUUAACGAUGGAGGAGAGAUUAGGUCUGAUGACUGUGGGAGCCGUUCUGAUAAAGAGGAAAAGGCUGAUUUUGACCAGAUUGGUUUGGGUAAAGCUGACGUUUAUUCUGUGGAUUCCAGUUGUGAUUCUGAAAAUGUAAGCAAUGUAAGAGAUUCUAAACCUCGUCUUGACUGUUUGGGAGAAAAUGGAAGUGAGAAACUAGAAGCUGCUGCUUAUUGUUCAGCUGAUGGAGUUCCUGAAGGUGCUAGGACCGAGAGUGAAUCUGUUGUCGAGGAUUCCCUCUCUGAUGAUAGUGAUAAGACGCCUGUGAGAAAAGUCAAGUCAAGGAAAAGCUUUGGUUUGGUGUCAGGGAGUGCUUGGUCAUCUGUCACAUUAGAUGAAACUGUUAUUGAGGGAAUCAGCACUGGUGCUGAAACUGUUGGUAAAGCAUGUGAGGGCAGCUCGAAUGAAAAAGUGGCUACAACUAGUCCACUGACCUGUGAAGGACCUAACAAGAUCGAAAAUGUGAGAGUCCCUCCUGAAAGAGGAGAUGUGACUGGAAAAGUCCACAAGGAAGAGGAUAAAGCUGGGGAUAUUCGUGGGGACAAAGAUGUUUCUGAGAUUCUGCAUGAUGAGGAGACUGGAGGGGUCCAGGCAGAGAUUCAACGCAGGGAUGAGGAAACAGCUGAGAAUAUUCAAGAUGACAAAGUGAGGGUAUCAGAGACAGAAGUUGAGACUGAUUCUGAGACAGAUGCUUUGAGUGUUGGUAGUAGUGAUCAUGUCCUGGGAGGACACAGGCCUGGGGUUGUCUCAGAAACGGAUAUGGAUAUUGAUAGUGAUGAGCAAGAGAAAAAUGAUGUACUGGUUCAGGAAACUUGUGUGUCAAAUGUAAGCAAUGUGAGUUUGAGAUUAGAAGUUACUGCAUCAGAUAAUGAAAUGGACAGCACUGUUUUGUCACAAAGAGGUGAUGAUAUUAUGGGAAUAGUCAGUAGAAUUGAAACAAACAAUAAGACAUCAUUGCAUUUGGAGUCUGUAGAAACUCCUGGACGAGGUCUUAGUAUGUGCGGGCAAUUCGAGCCUAAGAGAACACUAGGGGAAUCUUCUAGACGUGCGUUCAGUUCUCCCAGUUCUGAUGAGCAACUGCCUCUUCAAAUGUUGAACAGGAUUGACAAAUGGGCCUGUCACAUUUGCACCUUUGUCAAUCAUGCUGACCUGCCUUAUUGUGAAAUAUGUGAAACAAAAAGAAUGAAGCCGGUUCCAAGUACAAUGCCUAGAAAACGUGAAAAACGUAAAGUAAGGCGAAGGAGUAGCCAUGUUGUUUCUGUGACUAAGUUUGAUCCGAAUCUUGAUGAUAGCGACGAUGAAUUUACGACUUGUCUGUCAAUACAAACUAAAAGUUAUCACAAAGCUUCUUCUGGUCAGUCCUUGAAGGAGACUGAAGAAGAAGGGGUUGGUACCUCAGGUACAGGGCUCAUUCUUGAUCCAGACUUGGUAAACAUUGGUCAACGAGGUCAGGCUUCCGCUUACCGAUCAAGUACAAAACGUCCAAAAGUGCGAAAAGGAAACUUUGCAUGUAGAUCUCGGUCUGUUGAGGUUGACUCUGAUUUGUCAGAUAUGUCUAAAGAUGAACAUUCAAUGCAAAUUGAUGAUUCGUAUAGUGAUUGUGGUGAUGACGCAGUAUUGGAUGUAGAUGGUGCCUGUGGAGAUGCUGAUAUAAGUUAUGAUGAUGACCUAUUGGAACUUUCAACGAACCAGUCUAGUCAGGUUUGCCUAAAUACUGCUGAUGUUAAGAAUGAUGCUUUUGUUGCGAGUGAUAUUGAGAUGCAAAGUCUUACCAAUACUGCUGUCAGUGAUGCAAUUUCAGAACCGAGGAUAAGGAAUACAGAUAGUUCUGUUGAUAAAUUUGUGACUAGAAAUCAAGUGGUCAGAAAUAGUCCUGGUGCGUGCAAUUUUGCCUCUCCAAAAGUUGAGAUUAUAAGUGGUGCUAUUGAUGCGUUACCUGCUCACUCAGAUAGCAAUAACGAAGGUUUGUUGGCCAGAGAAAUUAAGGCUGCAGUUAAACUCUUCAGUCCAAAAUCUUCAUUUCGCAGUGCCAAAAAGGUUUUGGGAGACUGGACGUGCAAUAAAUGCGGACAUAACAAUGAUGUAAGUGAUGACGAUUGCGAUGAAUGUUUUUGUCCUAAACCCGUCAAGAACUUGUCACCCUUGGAGGAUUCCUUGGUUCGCCCAGGGGUGGGAUGCAAAUCGGAACAGAAAUCCAACGGGAGGGAAAAGGUGGUGACCGGCUGGAAAUGUUUGGAGUGCGAUUUUCAGAACCGUGCAGACGAUGUCACAUGUUUUGUUUGCUCAAAUCGUAAACCAGCAAUAAACACUUCUUCGGAUACGAAGUUGACGAGUUGGGGAUCGCCAAUGUUGAAGGAGGAAAAUCCUUGUCCUUGUCCGACUGAACAUAUUAUGAAAACUGGUCCCUCAAAUCCAGAGAAUCAAUCUGGUGAUGUCGAUGAGAUGUUCAAUGACCUCGAUGCCAUCUUCUGUCGGACACUCGACCCAACCCAAGCGACAUGGACAUGUCUGCAGUGUGGCCACGACAACUUGGAAGAAGAUGAUCUCUGUGAUGAGUGCUUCUUAAAAAGAGGAGAGAAACCACCUCAGGGAUCCAAACUGAGACUGGUUGACAAACUGUGCAAGAAAUGCGAUGAGAGAAGAAAGAGAGAAGAUGAAAACAGGGUAAUCAACUUGGAUGAAAUCACGGUCCAUGAAACGUUCCUGUUCUGCUGCAGUAAGAACACAUCGAGGGUAUUCGUCUACGACAAGAAUGUGAAUGCAUUGAACAUCAACUUCAUUCCGAUGGAUGUUGAGACAAACAACUUGGAUGAUAUACCAGAUCUUCUGCUGCAUCCAGCGCAUUUCAAAAUCAUAAAAACUUUUGUAAAAGAAUGGAACAGCUUGUCUAUGACGAAGAAGCGUGUGUGCCUCCGCCAGGGUAUGUUGUUCAAGAGUCCUCUUGCCUUCUAUGAGGAAGUGAAAGGGAAGAAAGUGUCCAAGUCCAACCAGAGAUACCAAACAAAGGUUGAUGUUGCAGUCGAGGCCAUGGCGAAGGCAGACGAGGUCCAGGGCAGCCUUCGGAUCAUCGAGAGACCAAAGCUGACUGUGGCAGAAGCUAAGGUCAAGUUUGAUGCCACUGUGAAGCGCCUGCACGAGGUUGCCAAAUCAAAACAACGUGCUGCCCAGAAAACACCAAGAAAGAGGAAGACACCGCAGAAAACAGCCUCGGUUGGAAAAAAGAGAGGUAGCGCGGGAAAAGAUACUCCAAGCAGCAGAAGUGGGAAGAAAAAGAAAGCCGGUUCACAUGUAACGCCAAGCAAGCAGGAGACAGUUACCCCUACUGCUGGAGUUGAUGGUGUUAAACGCAACUUGGGUGAUUUUCAGGGGAGUGAUGUGACAGGGGUAGGACAUGGUGCUUCAACGAGGCAGAUUAUGGUCAGUGAAGAGGCUGGGAGAGGGAAAACUAUGCUGCAGAUCUCGACUGCUGAGCUGCAGAACGUAAAAGAACCUGGGAGGAGCUUGGUUACGAUUGCUUCAGUCAGCAGUACAAGUAAAAGGAAAGUAACCAAUGAGGCAGCAGCAGGGACAGACCAGGACCAGCCAUCCAAAAAACGAAGAACGGAAAACAAUGUGGGAAAUGAGGCAGGACCGAGUCUAGAUCUUUCAAGAUUACCGAUCGAUGUGAAUGGAAAGGUUAUAUUCAGUGAGGCUGAUCAGGGUGUUGUCCAGGCUGUCAAUCAAGAUGGCACACCACUAUGCCUGCAUUGCCACACCCCAGUGACAAAUCAAUCUCUCUCCGAAACAACGGUGAAAAGUACAGAUGCAGCCUGGGAGCUCCGACUUUGCUCAAGACAAUGCAAGGAACAAUAUUGGCUCAAGACUAAUCGUCAGUAUGGCAGACACCAUGUUUUUGAGUUGGAGCAUGGUGUGUGUCAGUUGUGUAACUUUGAUGCAGGCAAUUUUUUCCAACAAAUUAAGGCAAUGAAGGACUAUGCGAGUCGAGCAUCCUUGAUCAAAGACAGCCCCUUCAGCAGCCUGAGUGCUGAUAUCAAGCAGAGAAUGGUCAAGGAUCCAAAGCAAGGAAUGUUUUGGCAUGUUGAUCACAUCACAGCCGUUGCUGAUGGAGGUGGCCAGUGUGACAUUGACAACUUACGUACGCUGUGCUACUUGUGCCAUAAAGUUGUGACGAAGCAACAGAACCGAGAGCGGGCAAUCGAACGGAGGGUCAAACAUGUUGGAAAAUGUGCUGAUCUAACGAAAUUCUUCCAGCUAAAGAUGGAAUGAUUUCUAGGACUUUAAGUUGUUGAACAGGACAAAAGGCAGGAGCUAAGUGAUCAGAUUGACAGUCUCCAAGUGUGCACUGUUAAAGGGAACUGAAACCACCAAGCCAGUUCGUAUGACCUCGUUUUCAUUUCCCGCGUAUCGGGUGAUCAGAACGAGGCAUGAAUGAAACAUGGCGCCUAGCUGUCAAUCAUUGAGUGACGUCACUACUAUGGAAUUUACUACGAAAACUCAUGAAUGAAAGAUCGCAUGACUCACGUGAUUCUCACAUGAUUCUCAAUAAUAACAAAUUGAACUGCGCAUGCUCAGGCACUGGGGGCGGAGCUACAAAUCUGAACUCGAAUAGGAAGUUGGAAGUUUGACUUUCUCGGGCGGUGAAAGUCGAAAAGUUGAAUAAAUCGCUCGGCGGUUCCAGUUCCCUUUAAUGGACUGGGUGUUGCGUUUGGUUUGAGAUAAGAGACAUAAUCAGUGACUUCUUGCCCCAACAAUGCUGACAAUCUUUGUUUCUGCAGAGGCUGAGUGGAGGCCAUGGUCAGUUAUCAUUUUCCUUUACUUUUAGGGGACAUUUUACUAUUUUAAGAACACUGAUGUAAUGUCUUACGGAUUGAUUUUCGA